GAACCACUAAAAGGUCCAUUCACACACCCCACCCCUCUGUAUUCGGCACAUUAUUAUAUAUAUAUAUAUGUGUGUGUGUGUGUCUAUACGUACACACAUUUGACAAAGAGAGAAGCUCUCCCCUACUCUGUGAGCUGUGUUCUUUCUAUCUUGAGUUUCUAAAUAAAAAGGGCAAUGGGGGUGGAAAGAAUGAGGAGAUUCUCAAGGCCCAUGAUGUUCUUGAUGAUUCUAUGCUUGUCGGCUGCAUUUACAGAAGCAGAGUACCUGAAAUACAAAGACCCCAAACAGCCCUUGAAUGUUAGAAUCAAAGACUUGAUGGGGAGGAUGACCCUUGAAGAAAAGAUUGGACAAAUGACUCAGAUUGAGAGGAAGAUAGCCUCCCCUGAUGUCAUGAAGAAAUAUUUCAUUGGGAGUGUGCUGAGUGGAGGAGGAAGUGUUCCAGCCCCCAAGGCUUCUGCUGAGGCCUGGGUGAAUAUGGUGAAUGAUCUUCAGAAGGGGGCUCUUUCGACCCGCCUCGGAAUUCCUAUGAUUUAUGGGAUUGACGCUGUUCAUGGCCACAACAAUGUGUACAAGGCUACCAUUUUUCCUCACAAUGUUGGACUUGGGGCCACCAGAGAUCCAGAACUCGUGAAGAGGAUUGGAGCUGCCACUGCACUUGAAGUCAGGGCCACAGGAAUUCAAUAUGCUUUUGCUCCCUGCAUUGCUGUCUGUCGGGAUCCAAGAUGGGGUCGCUGUUAUGAAAGCUACAGUGAAGACCAUAAGAUUGUUCAAGCAAUGACUGAGCUCAUACCUGGUUUACAGGGUGAUCUCCCAGCUAACUCACGCAAGGGUGUUCCCUUUGUUGCUGGAAAGACAAAAGUUGCAGCUUGCGCAAAGCAUUUUGUGGGAGACGGUGGCACAGUCAGGGGCAUCGAUGAAAACAAUACAGUGAUAGAUUAUAAAGGGUUGCUUAGCAUCCACAUGCCUGCAUACUUGGACUCGAUUAGGAAGGGAGUUGCCACUGUUAUGGUGUCUUACUCAAGCUGGAACGGCAAGAAAAUGCAUGCCAACCAGGAUCUUGUCACUGGCUUCCUCAAGAACAAACUCAAGUUCAGGGGUUUCGUCAUAUCAGACUGGCAGGGCAUCGACAGAAUAACAGAUCCCCCCCAUGCUAACUACACUUAUUCUGUUCAAGAAGGAAUUCUUGCAGGAAUUGACAUGAUUAUGCUUCCUGAGGACUUCACAGCGUUUAUCGAUGAUCUGACUCUCCAAGUGAAAAACAACAUCAUCCCGAUGAGCAGGAUCAAUGAUGCUGUACGAAGGGUACUAAGGGUUAAGUUCGUUAUGGGUCUGUUUGAGGAUCCGUUAGCUGAUCCUAGCUUAGCAAACCAACUCGGCAGCCAGGAACAUAGAGAAUUGGCAAGGGAAGCAGUGAGGAAAUCUCUUGUCCUUUUGAAGAAUGGCAAAAGUGCUAAAAAUCCAUUGCUUCCCCUUCCAAAGAAAGCUCCAAAGAUACUAGUUGCCGGAACCCAUGCCGAUAAUUUGGGUUACCAGUGUGGAGGGUGGACAAUAGAGUGGCAGGGUGUUCAUGGCAAUGACCUCACAGUCGGAACUACAAUCUUAGGUGCUGUGAAGGAGACGGUCGACCCCUCGACACAAGUUGUCUACAUGGAGAAUCCAGAUGCAAACUUUGUCAAGACAAAUGGAUUUUCAUAUGCUAUUGUUGUCGUGGGUGAGCUCCCGUAUGCAGAAAUGUUUGGUGACAGCACAAACCUAACAAUGAUCGAACCUGGUCCGAGCACUAUCAGAAAUGUGUGUGGGGCUGUGAAAUGUGUUGUGGUCGUCGUAUCAGGCAGGCCGAUAGUUCUCGAGCCUUACGUUUCACAAGUAGAUGCAGUUGUGGCUGCAUGGCUUCCGGGAACUGAAGGGCUGGGAGUGACUGAUGCCCUGUUUGGCAACUAUGGUUUUACAGGAAAGCUGGCUAGAACUUGGUUCAAAUCAGUGGACCAGCUCCCCAUGAAUGUUGGAGAUUCACACUAUGAUCCACUUUUCCCAUUUGGGUUUGGGCUGACAACUCAGCCCACCAAAAACACUGAAAUGUCCAAGUAAAGUGGUGAGUGAUCUCCAUAGUUUGUUUGUAAUAUUUGAUGAAGAACAGAAUGGCAUGGCUGAGAACUUUAGUUCAGCUAAGCUGCUCUGCUAUUAUUAUAUUAGAAAUUUUGUACUAAAUGAAAUAUUCAUCAUUUAUCACCACUGAAUCCAAGUUAUGAUAAACCAUUGGAAGCUUAAUUUA